CAUCAGUCGUUGCUGGGGGAGAGAGGGAUGGAGAGAUGGAGGGAAUGAGAGAGGGGGAAGGACAGAGGAUUAAUGUUGCCGUCAGUCCAUUCUCAUUUGGAUGUUUUUGGGACCGAGGCUGAGAGUGAGAGAACGCAGGCUCAGAGUGAGAGAGCGCAGGCUGAGAGUGAGAGAGUGCAGGCUCAGAGUGAGAGAACACAGGCUGAGAGCGUGAGAACGCAUGCUGAGAGUGAUUGAGCGCAGGCUGAGAGUGAGAGAGCGCAUGCUGAGAGUGAGAGAGAGCGCAGGCUGAGAGUGAGAGAGCGCAGGCUGAGAGUGAGAGAGCGCAGGCUGAGAGUGAGAGAGCGCAGGCUGAGAGUGAGAGCGCAGGCUGAGAGUGAGAGAGCGCAGGCUGAGAGUGAUUGAGUGCAGGCUGAGAGUGAGAGAAUGCAGGCUGAGAGUGAGAGAGCGCAGGCUGAGAGUGAGAGAGAGAAAGCUGAGAGUAGGAUGACCAAGGCUGAGAGGGAGAGAGUGCAGGCUGAGAGUGAGAGAGAGCGCAGGCUGAGAGUGAGAGAGAGCGCAGGCUGAGAGUGAGAGAGGGUGCAGGCUGAGAGUGAGAGAGCACAGGCUGAGAGUGAGAGAGCGCAGGCUGAGAGUGAGAGAGCGCAGGCUGAGAGUGAUUGAGCGCAGGCUGAGAGUGAGAGAAUGCCGGCUGAGAGUGAGAGAGCGCAGGCUGAGAGUGAGAGAGAGAAAGCUGAGAGUAGGAUGACCAAGGCUGAGAGUAGGAGAGUGCAGGCUGAGAGUGAGAGAGUGCAGGCUGAGAGUGAGAGAGGGGGCACGCUGGAGUGAGUGAGUGCAGGCUGAGAGUGAGAGAGUGCAGGCUGAGAGUGAGAGAGCUCAGGCUGAGAGUGAGAGAGGGUGCAGGCUGAGAGUGCGAGGGGGCGCAGGCUGAGAAUGAGAGAGCUCAGGCUGAGAGUGAGAGAGAGUGCAGGCUGAGAAUGAUAGAGCUCAGGCUGAGAGUGAGAGAGAGCAGGCUGAGAGUGAGAGAGUGCAGGCUGAGAGUGAGAGAUCUCAGGCUGUGAGUGAGAGAGAGUGCAGGCUGAGAGUGUGAGAGAGCGCAGGCUGAGAAUGAGAAAGCUCAGGCUGAGAGUGAGAGAGAGUGCAGGCUGAGAAUGAUAGAGCUCAGGCUGAGAGUGAGAGAGAGCAGGCUGAGAGUGAGAGAGUGCAGGCUGAGAGUGAGAGAGCUCAGGCUGAGAGUGAGAGAGAGUGCAGGCUGAGAGUGUGAGAGAGCGCAGGCUGAGAAUGAGAAAGCUCAGGCUGAGAGUGAGAGAGAGUGCAGGAUGAGAAUGAGAGAGCUCAGGCUGAGAGUGAGAGAGAGUGCAGGCUGAGAAAGAGAGAGCUCAGGCUGAGAGUGAGAGAGACUGCAGGCUGAGAAUGAGAGAGCUCAGGCUGAGAGUGAGAGAGAGUGCAGGCUGAGAAUGAGAAAGCUCAGGCUGAGAGUGAGAGAGACUGCAGGCUGAGAAUGAGAGAGCUCAGGCUGAGAGUGAGAGAGAGUGCAGGCUGAGAAUGAGAGAGCUCAGGCUGAGAGUGAGAGAGAGUGCAGGCUGAGAAUGAGAGAGCUCAGGCUGGUGUGUGGAGAGGAAAGAUGCAGGACACAGGUCAUCACCGUGCUACUGACAGAUAGGUCAGGAUGCAGCAAGGGGACAGGAGGACUGAGGCUGGGAUGCCAGGCUCUGCUACUGACGGAAAGAGAGAGAUCUUAGAGCACAGGGUCCAACUCCUGAAAUCCACAGAAGUCGGCCGACAGAGUCUUCUGUACCUGAAAGAGAUCGGCGAUGGCUGGUUCGGAAAGGUUAUCCUGGGGGAGGUGAAUGCGAGCCUCAGCACCACCCAGGUGGUGGUUAAGGAGCUCAAGGCCAGUGCCAGCGUUCAGGACCAGAUGCACUUCCUGGAGGAGUCCCAGCCAUACCGUGCCCUCCAGCACCCAGCGCUCCUACAUUGCCUGGCGCAGUGCACUGAGGUCACCCCCUACUUGCUGGUCAUGGAAUUCUGCCCUCUGGGUGAUGUGAAAGGGUACCUGCGGAGCUGUCGGGCUGCAGACACAAUGACCCCUGAACCCCUGAUACUGCAGAGGAUGGCAUGUGAGAUCGCCUCAGGACUCUUGCACCUGCACAAACACAACUUCAUACACGGUGACCUGGCCCUGAGAAACUGCCUGCUGACCGCUGAUGUCACAGUGAAGAUCGGAGACUACGGCCUGUCACACAACAAGUACAAAGAGGACUACUUUGAGACAUCAGACCAGAUGUACGUGCCUCUGCGUUGGAUCGCUCCAGAACUCGUAGAUGAAGUCCAUGGCAACCUUCUGGUGGUGGACCAGAGCAAACAGAGCAACGUCUGGUCUCUGGGGGUUACUAUCUGGGAGUUAUUUGAGUUGGGGAACCAGCCGUACAGACACUACUCUGACAGACAGGUGUUAACCUACGCCGUGAGGGAACAGCAGCUCAGACUGCCCAAGCCCCUGCUCAAAAUACCCUUGGCAGAGCGCUGGUAUGAGGUGAUGCAGUUCUGCUGGCUCCAACCAGACCAGAGGCCCAAUACAGAGGAGGUCCACCUGUUACUCAGCUACCUGUGUGCCAAGGGGGCAGGUGAGGCCGAGGAGGACUUUGAGAGACGCUGGAACUCCCUGCGUCCCAACCCCAACGCCGGCCAAAGCAGCAGCAGCCUUCAUCACGGCGCCGGAGCCCUGGCCUCUGACCUCCCCUCCUCCUUCCCUUUGCUGGAGCAGUUCUCUGGAUGUGACGGUUACCACAGUGAAUCAGGAGAUGAUAUACUGACCGUGACAGAGACCAGCCACGGUCUGAACUUCCAGUACAAGUGGGAGCAGACCCAGGCGGGGAUCGGGGCAGAGCAGCCUUACCACCACGCUGCCUCAUCCUCCAGCGGUACCCUGGGGGUCGUCAACCACCACUGUCAGGACCUAUACUACCCAGGUGGAAUGGUGGGGGACAGUGGUGGGGUGGAGAUGGAGUGUCUCACUCUGGGAGUGUCCCCUUCCUACUAUGAGCACAAGACGCUGCAUGUUUCUGGGGUCGGGGUGGUGCCGGAGCUCAGCGCCCGUAGUCCUUCAGUGAGCUCUGAGUACUACAUCCGCAUGGAGGAGCCUGACUACACCAUGUGCUCCUACAGCCCAGACUACCAGGGCAGCCACGGGAGCUUCCUGACCGGCAGUGGCAGUGCAGACUCAGGGGAGUGUAUGAUGGGGAUGGGUCCCCCCCAGGCCCACUCCAAACCUGUAGACUCCUACUGGUCAGCAGACGUCUGCAAAGAUAGGGGUGUUGGAGCGUAUAACUCGGACAUCUCCCUGACAAUGGAGCCCCAUGUCUCUGACUCCAGCCCCCUGAGACCAUGGGAGGCUGGUCACUACGUCUCCUACAAGGACCGGGACGGGGGGUACUACUACGAACACUCACCACCCAUGGGCAUUGGCCACCACAUGGGUCUGGGGAUGGACCAGCAUUACCUGGUGGGGCGGGAACACUCUCACCCCAAGCCCCAUCUGGAGAGCUGGGGGUCCCGUAGCCUGCGUCAGGCCCUGGGAGAACUGGACAACCCUCUGGGGAUAUCUCCCUCCAUCAGCACCCAUCUCCAGGAUGGUGGUCCUCCUUUUGGGGUAGGCGACCCCUACUUGGAGACACCCCAGGGCACAGGCUCCAUCAUCGGGGGGAGUAGCGUCACUGGCGGCUACUAUGACACGAUGGGUUCUCUGAGGAAAACCAUGCCGACCAUGCCAGACCACGCCCACUCAGUCAGCAUCACUAUGGCGUCGGAAGAGGCCCUCUUCAUUUGUCACCGGGACAGCGACCCGGAUGAAGAAGAGGAGGAUAUAUUCUCAGAGAGGCUGAGGAGAAGCAGUAGUAACCUCUCCAACCCCUCCGCUAACGACAACAGUCUAGGCCUGGGUCUAAGCCUUGGCCGUAGUGGACAGGCUGGCUGUAGACAACUACAGGAUCCCUAUGAAGACUUCCACUACUCUAUGCCCACUACCGACAUAGAGGACUCGUGGCCUGAAGAGCACUGUCUGACCUUCCGCUCCUCUGUCUCUGCUGCAGUUGAACCCAUAGACUACCUGGAGGCUACAGCGGCUUCGGCUAAUGACAGCGGCUGUCUAGUCUUGGGGAACCAUCAUGCCCUGGUCACUUCAAGGGACGCCUGUAAUGCCUAUAUCUAUUUGUGCCACGAGGGGGAGGGGGAGAGGGAGGUAGAGCCGCAACCCAUCGAGUGCUGCCACUCUCAUUUCGUCGACCCCCUCACAGGCUUAGUGGUGCGGAACUACACACGGGACAACUACAGCGAUGAGAUUGUAGAGAUACCCAACAACGAGGAAGAGAGUGUGAAUCUGUCGCCAGCACCGGGAGGUCCUAAACCUAUCCUAACGCACAACACUAAGACCAGCACAACCCCUCUAAACCACUCUGGGCAAUAUGUUGACAUCACUAUGGACGAUACCCUUUCAAUAGACCAUAAGAAAGAGGUUAGUACGGAAGACAAAGGGGUUCUCACAGACCCUAAACCAGAGGGUGUGACUCUGACCCUCUCCUCAGUGAAUGUUCCUGACCUAGUCCCCAUUGUCGAGCAAGAGUCAGAGCUGAGCCAUACGUUAGACAGCGGCUUAGACAGAGACCACUGCUCCAGCAUUAGUCUUGUGGACAUCUCCGACUGCUGCACCGACGACGAUGAAGAUGAUGACAUCACCGACUCGACCUCAGAGAUCUUCGCUGACGAGACGUCGGUUGGGGACGCUAAUGCCUCCCCCCCCCUGGCCCGUCCCCUCAAGUCCCUGCAGAAGCAGGUGGGAACCCCCAAUUCCAUGGCCUCCAUGGACCUGAUGCCUUCAGCAGUCGGCUCCACCUGCAAAGCUUUCAGCCCCUCCUCCAGCUCCUCCCACCCAUCUAGCUCCUCCCCCAAAGCAAUGGACAGCGGGUACGACACAGAGAACAAUGAGAGCCCAGAGUUCGUCCCCAAGGAGCCCCACAACGAGCCUCGGGGCCCAGAGACAUUCACCCAGUCACUGGGGGAGUCUGUCCUGGACACCAGCCUGGAUGAGGAGGGGGAGGAGGGGGGGGAGGAGGCCGAGGUGGCCCCACUGGAUGAUGAGGAUGAACCGACCCUGGAUGAAGAUGUGCUUCUAGCAGCCUCACAGACCACAGACAAAGAGAAGGGUCUGACCCCACUCAGUGAGAAGAACCCUUACAGGGACUCUGCCUACUUCUCUGACAAUGAGAACGAACGUCUUUCCAGGGAUGAGGGGGGUGACGAAAAUGUAGAAGUGGAGGAGGGAGAAGUGGAAGAGAGGCUGACAGAGAAGAGGGAACUCAGCCCUCUUCAGAUAGAGGAGGAAGAAGAGGAGGGAGUGGAGACCCCAGCUCUACUUCUGGAGGAGAGUGAAGACCCAGAGAUGGAAGGAUGCCUGACAGAAGAGUGCACCCAGGAUGAAGGGCUAGAGCUGGGGCUAGAGCUAGAGCUGGCCUCCAUUCUCUCUGGAGAAGUAGAGGCAGGGUCAGAAGGAUGGCCUGCCCAGGAGAAACCCUCUUCUCUGGGAGACUGGGCUGCAGAGGUGGUGGGGGCUAUGGAGGAAGCCCUGGGUGAACUCCAGAGGAGCACUGAAACCAACUCUGGUACCAAGGAGAAGGAGGAAGAGGAUGAAGGAGAGCAAAGGGACAUGGAGGACUCAUCUGAAGUCUUAGAAACAGCAGACGUCCUAGAAGAAGCAUUUACCAAAAUGCCAGAGACCCUUGAGAAGGACGAUAAUGACGAAGAGAACAGUCCUCCCGCACGGCGUCGACGCUUCUCCUUCUCUCCUCCCCCUCCCUCCACCCCUCCUCUCUCCUCUCCUCCCCCUCCCUCCACCCCUUCUCCUCCUCUCCCCCCGAUGACUCCCCCUCUGGGCCGGCAGUUGCCCAUGGAUGGGAGGGAGGCGGACGAGGAGGACGGAGAUGGUGACUUCGAUGACAGUGAGUCAGACGAGGAGCUGAGCAGUUACAGUGUUCAGGAGGAGCAGAGUGGAGGGGAGGACAGCGGGGAGGAGAACCAUGCUGUACCGAUUGUGGUGAGCGACUGCAGCGAUGCUCAUAACCUACGUAGUCUACUGAAGAUGCCCACCCCGCUCACCGCCGAGUUGCUCGCCGAUGACCUGCUGGAACGCAAGAAGAAAGUGGUGUCCUUUUUUGAUGACGUCACCGUUUACCUGUUUGACCAGCAGAGUCCCACUAAAGAGCUGGCUGAGCAGGGUUUCUCUCCAGGGACUGAGACCAGCGGACAGGGUUCACUGGUCAAACAACCAACCUCUGAUGACUCCUCAGAUGGAAACAUCUCAGAAGAGAGUGCAGGGUAUGAGUGGGAGGAUGACUUCCCCCUGUUGCCCAUUCCCACUUCCUCAUCCAAGAUGGCUGCCUCCUCCUCAGGCUCAUCCCCUUCCGCACCCAGCCUGCCCUCCACCUCCAAGGCCCCGGAGCCCAAACCAGCAGUGCAGUACUCCCGCUUCACAGUCUCCCCUAGCCACGUGUCUCGCUUCUCCAUUACACACGUCUCUGACUCUGACGUGGACUCUGGUCCAGGGAGCAGUGAGGAUGGAGACAGAGUAUUAUAGAACCACAGCCACCCAGAAACUGCAGGAACUGCACCAUAUAAACAUGUCUGAGCCUCUAAACAUGACAUUUGUUUAGUGCUUUUUUGGACAUCAGCUUUCUGAAAAGACAGUGCCUAAUUGUUUAUGGACACUUUAUGAAUGGAGUCUGUAAAAGGGAUGUGAAAGCAGAGAAUCAACACUUAUGAGAAUAUAUAAAAUACUAUAUGAUGAUAAUCUACACAUACACCGAAGAAUAUUUAUGUUAUCAAAAUAACUUGUAUGAAGGUAAAGACUUAUGUUGCAUUCAAGAUAUUUUUGGGAACAAAGAGAAACUUUAGAACAAACGUGUAACUUGUUUGCCGCCACAGACACUCAUUAUCAGCAUGUUAUAGAGAACCACACAACGUUACCGCUUGUUACGUGGAAGACAGACGAUCAUUUUUAUUGAUCAGCUGUUUUAACAUGGACAUCAAAACAGAAGACACAAUUUACAGAACAUCCCUCUCAGAGAAGGAGGGAGUGAAAAGCAAUGAAGGAAAGGACACAAUGAAGUUUUUUCAUCAAAUAAUCGGUGUUUGAAAGUGACUGUACCAAGAGCAUAUUUUUGAGACAUUAGUUAACUCGUCAUCAUAAAAUAUAAACUAAAUAUCACAAAUAAUGAUUGAAGGAGAAUUUUGUAAUUCUACUGUUUUCUCAAAGGAGUCGGACCACCACUGUAUACGGGCCAUAUGAUUUCCACCAAUGCGGGUGCCAGAGUCAGUAUUCCCCUCCAUCUGUCAGUAUGGGUCAGUAUUCCCCUCCAUCUGUCAGUAUGGGUCACUAUUCCCCUCCAUCUGUCAAUAUGGGUCACUAUUCCCCUCCAUCUGUCAGUAUGGGUCACCAUUUCCCUCCAUCUGUCAGUAUGGGUAACUAUUCCCCUCCAUCUGCCAGUAUGGGUCACUAUUCCCUCCAUCUGUCAGUAUGGGUCACUAUUCCCUCCAUCUGCCAGUAUGGGUCACUAUUCCCUCCAUCUGCCAGUAUGGGUCACUAUUCCCUCCAUCUGUCAGUAUGGGUCACUAUUCCCUCCAUCUGUCAGUAUGGGUAACUAUUCCCCUCCAUCUGUCAGUAUGGGUCACUAUUCCCCUCCAUCUGUCAGUAUGGGUCACUAUUCCCUCCACCUGUCAGUAUGGGUCACUAUUCCCCUCCAUCUGUCAGUAUGGGUCACUAUUCCCUCCAUCUGUCAGUAUGGGUCACUAUUCCCUCCAUCUGUCAGUAUGGGUCACUAUUCCCUCCAUCUGUCAGUAUGGGUCACUAUUCCCUCCAUCUGUCAGUAUGGGUCACUAUUCCCCUCCAUCUGUCAGUAUGGGUCACUAUUCCCUCCAUCUGCCAGUAUGGGUCACUAUUCCCCUCCAUCUGCCAGUAUGGGUCACUAUUCCCUCCAUCUGCCAGUAUGGGUCACUAUUCCCCUCCAUCUGCCAGUAUGGGUCACUAUUCCCCUCCAUCUGCCAGUAUGGGUCACUAUUUCCCUCCAUCUGCCAGUAUGGGUCACUAUUCCCCUCCAUCUGCCAGUAUGGGUCACUAUUCCCUCCAUCUGUCAGUAUGGGUCACUAUUCCCCUCCAUCUGCCAGUAUGGGUCACUAUUCCCUCCAUCUGUCAGUAUGGGUCACUAUUCCCCUCCAUCUGUCAGUAUGGGUCACUAUUCCCUCCAUCUGUCAGUAUGGGUCAGUAUUCCCCUCCAUCUGUCAGUAUGGGUCACUAUUCCCUCCAUCUGUCAGUAUGGGUCACCAGUUCCCUCCAUCUGUCAGUAUGGGUCACUAUUCCCUCCAUCUGUCAGUAUGGGUCACUAUUCCCCUCCAUCUGUCAGUAUGGGUCACUAUUCCCUCCAUCUGUCAGUAUGGGUCAGUAUUCCCCUCCAUCUGUCAGUAUGGGUCACUAUUCCCUCCAUCUGUCAGUAUGGGUCACCAGUUCCCUCCAUCUGUCAGUAUGGGUGAGUUUUCCCCUCCAUCUGUCAGUAUGGGUCACUAUUCCCCUCCAUCUGUCAGUAUUGGUCAAUGUUCCCCUCCAUCUGUCAGUAUGGGUCACUAUUCCCCUCCAUCUGUCAGUAUGGGUCACUAUUCCACUCCAUCUGUCAGUAUGGGUCACUAUUCCCCUCCAUCUGUCAGUAUGUGUCACUUUUUCCCUCCAUCUGUCAGUAUGGGUCACUACUUCCCUCCAUCUGUCAGUAUGGGUCACUAUUCCACUCCAUCUGUCAGUAUGGGUCACUAUUCCCCUCCAUCUGUCAGUAUGGGUCACUAUUCCCCUCCAUCUGUCAGUAUGGGUCACUAUUCCCCUCCGUCAGUAUGGGUCAUUAUUCCCCUCCAUCUGCCAGUAUGGGUCACUAUUCCCCUCCAUCUGUCAGUAUGGGUCACUAUUCCCUCCAUCUGCCAUUAUGAGUCAGUAUUCCCUUCCACAUGUCAGUAUGGGUCACUAUUCCCCUCCAUCUGUCAGUAUGGGUCACUAUUCCCUCCAUCUGCAAGUAUGGGUCACUAUUCCCUUCCAUCUGUCAGUAUGGGUCACUAUUCCCCUCCAUCUGUCAGUAUGAGUCACUAUUCCCCUCCAUCUGUCAGUAUUGGUCACUAUUCCCCUCCAUCUGUCAGUAUGGGUCACUAUUCCCUCCAUCUGCCAUUAUGAGUCAGUAUUCCCUUCCACCUGUCAGUAUGGGUCAUUAUUCCCCUCCAUCUGCCAGUAUGGGUCACUAUUCCCCUCCAUCUGUCAGUAUGGGUCACUAUUCCCCUCCAUCUGUCAGUAUGGGUCACUAUUCCCUCCAUCUGUCAGUAUGGGUCACUAUUCCCUCCAUCUGCAAGUAUGGGUCACUAUUCCCUCCAUCUGUCAGUAUGGGUCACUAUUCCCUUCCAUCUGUCAGUAUGGGUCAGUAUUCCCCUCCAUCUGUCAGUAUUGGUCAAUGUUCCCCUCCAUCUGUCAAUAUGGGUCACAAUUUUUUUUUUUCUUACCGUUAUUUUACCAGAUAAGUUGACUGAGAACACGUUCUCAUUUGCAGCAACGACCUGGGGAAUAGUUACAGGGGAGAGGAGGGGGAUGAAUGAGCCAAUUGUAAACUGGGGAUUAUUAGGUGACCAUGAUGGUUUGAGGGCCAGAUUGGGAAUUUAUUAUUCCCCUCCAUCUGUCAGUAUGGGUCACUAUUCCCCUCUAUCUGUCAGUAUGGGUCACUAUUCCCCUCCAUCUGUCAGUAUGGGUCACUAUUCCCCUCCAUCUGUCAGUAUGGGUCACUGUUCCCCUCCAUCUGUCAGUAUGAGUCACUAUUCCCCUCCAUCUGUCGGUAUGGGUCACUAUUCCCCUCUAUCUUUUAGUAUGGGUCACUAUUCCCCUCCAUCUGUCAAUAUGGUUCACUAUUCCCCCCUCCAUCUCUCAGUAUGGGUCACUAUUCCCCUUCAUCUGUCAAUAUGGGUCACUAUUCCCCUCCAUCUGUCAGUAUGGCUCACUAUUUCCCUCCAUCUGUCAGUGUGAGUCACUAUUCCCCUCCCACUGAUGGCCUGUGGCGUUAUCAUUAGUGCACACUAACAAACAGGCACAGACCGUUUUGCAACGCAAAUGAGAGUUUAUAUCGGACAUAUUCAGCUAUGCCCUUCUUCGUUUCGUUUAUUUUACAGACAUCCCUGGACCUAAGCUAUUGUGUCAAUCCCCCAAGUCAGUUUUGAGGGAAUAUCAUUGAUGACUUAAUGAAUAAAUGCUUUUUUAGGACUUGAAAUUCAUGUGCUAUGCAUGCAGAUAUUGGUGGUAAAACACAGCUUAUGUUGGUUUCCGUCUUAUCCCCAGUUGAGGGUAGCUGCCUGUCCUUACCCUCAGAGUUGAUCUUCACUGCACCACAUACUGUGUAAUAUGUCUGCUACUCUUGAGGUGAACAUCCUUUGUGAUACGAUCAAAGAACUUGUACAUUUUUGAUUCCGAUUCUGAAAAUGGAACUGCAGUACAAGUACAACGAGCGUAGAAAUACCAUAGAUACAGUAGCAUAUCAUUUUUUUAUAGGAAACUUUUGAUGAAAUAUUCACUUUUAAGAAAUAUGAAACCUUAAAAUGCAACUUAAAGAAUGGAAGAACAAAGUAAUGAUUUUCAAGUGGCUUCGGUAACAUGAAGAUGAAAUAAUCAAAUGACUGUUGGAAGACUACAGAACUGAGAACUGGUUUAGUCUUAAUGUAUUGUGAUCAGCUGUGUGUUCAAGGGGUUGUUGAUGUAACAUGGGUUAGUCAGUGUGUUGUUUUCACGAUUUUAACAAUUGGAAAACACAAUUUUUGAAUUCAUGGACUUUUGACUUUGCUAUGUAUGUGAAAAUUUGUUUGCUAUAGAAAUGAAAAAGGAUGGAUGUGUUUGUAACAUAGAACGCAUACAGUCCAAUCAGCCUGCUAUACCGGCCUGGUAAGCCAAUCACUGUAGCAUGGUCUCAGGUCCGCUUGUACCCUCUUGCCUACUCCAAGGACCAUACUGUAGGUUGGCAAGACAGUACAAACUGAUCUGGGACCAGGCUAAUGUCACUCUAGUCUUUAGCCUCAAAGAACCAGGUUGUUAAUUCAGUUCAAAACAUAGAUAUGGAUUUUCAUAGAUUCUAUUUCUUUGUUUUUAAAGAUCGACUCUGGUCUCCAUGCAGUAAGUGUGUUCUGUUUAGUGUUUGUUAGCCUUUCUAGGGAUUUACUAUUCUGUAAUAGUUUAGCAUCCAUAGAUCCAUCUAGAGCGCUGUCUGUAUGGACUAUUUUUGUAUCUCAAAAAAGAAAAAUUACAUUUAAGAAUAUCAAGAAAUUACCUGGAAUUUACCUGGAAGUGAGAGUUAAAAGUACAUGUAUUGAUGUUUUAUUGUUGCCAAAGAGAAGUAUUUAAUGAAGUAUUGGGGCAAAUAGGAACAUCGGAUAUUUGAUCUAGAUUGUUUUAACCCACUAGUGGUGAGACUACAGCCUGGGUGCAAGUCUGUUUGUGCCAUCAUGCCACGCCUGGUUCCCAGGCUAGUGAGACGAAAGGGAUGUGAUGAUGAGCAAUGUUAGACCUUGCCCUGGUCGUGAUUUAAACGAACAGGACUAGUUUAUGGAUGCUGUCAGUAAGAUGUGUCCUGGUCGUGAUUUACACAAACAUGACUAGUUUAGGGAUGCGGGCAGUAAGAUGUGUCCUGGUCCUGAUUUAAACAUGACUAGUUUAGGGAUGCUGUCAGUAAGAUGUGUCCUGGUCCUGAUUUAAACAUGACUAGUUUAGGGAUGCUGUCAGUAAGAUGUGUCCUGGUCCUGAUUUAAACAUGACUAGUUUAGGGAUGCUGUCAGUAAGAUGUGUCCUGGUCGUGAUUUAAACAUGACUAGUUUAGGGAUGCUGUCAGUAAGAUGUGUCCUGGUCCUGAUUUAAACAUGACUAGUUUAGGGAUGCUGUCAGUAAGAUGUGUCCUGGUCCUGAUUUAAACAUGACUAGUUUAGGGAUGCUGUCAGUAAGAUGUGUCCUGGUCCUGAUUUAAACAUGACUAGUUUAGGGAUGCUGUCAGUAAGAUGUGUCCUGGUCGUGAUUUAAACAUGACUAGUUUAGGGAUGCUGUCAGUAAGAUGUGUCCUGGUCCUGAUUUAAACAUGACUAGUUUAGGGAUGCUGUCAGUAAGAUGUGUCCUGGUCCUGAUUUAAACAUGACUAGUUUAUGGAUGCUGUCAGUAAGAUGUGUCCUGGUCGUGAUUUACACAAACAUGACUAGUUUAUGGAUGCUGUCAGCAAGAUAUGCCCCACCCCACUCUACUUCCUGUACGUUAUGAAAUAUAAAUAAAGUGUUUUACACAUCAA